AUGCAACCAUUGAUAGUAGUAGCUGGUCUCGUGCUAUCCUACUUGUGUGCGCCUGUUCAGAGUGCCUUGACCAAGGACCAAUUGCUUCAGACAGUGCAGAACUCCAAGCGGAAGCUCUUGCCCGUGAACGACGCCAAUUACGAAACUAUCUUGAAUGGGAAACGCGAUUAUCAUGUUGUUGUGUUUUUCACCUCCGAGGCGCCCCAGAUCAACUGUGUGUUGUGUAAGGAAAUUGCGCCGGAGUUUGAACUAAUUGCCGACUCGUGGUUCAAAGACCAUCCCCACGGCGUUGGAAUUGGCGAAGGCGAAGGUGAGGAAAUUGACGCGGACGGCAACAAGGUCGAGCCAAAGAAGAAUGUGUUUUUUUUCAAGAGUGAGUUUGCUGAUUCCAGAAAGUUUUUCAGCUUGUUUGGAUUGAACAACAUCCCCAAGAUUUUCCACUUCGCGCCCACCAAGGCCAAAGGUCCAAACAACUUUUUGAAAGAACGCACCGAGUAUCAAUUUUUCCAGGGCGACCACAAGAGUUUAAUGGUCAAUUGGUUGCUGGAUUUAACGGGACACAGUUACAAUUUGUACAUUCCUAUAGACCGAACUAGGUUGGUCAUCAACGUUGUUGUUGGCUUUGUUGGCGCACUCUUGGCAAAGAGGUUCAAAAAGCAGAUCUUUGGCGUGUUGCUUUCGCGCUUGGUGUGGAUUGGUGUAUCCAUUGUCUCGGUGUUGUUGUUCACCACGGGCUACAUGUUUAACAAGAUCAGAGGCAGCCCCUAUUUGAUUGAGCAUCCGGACGGCAGGACAGAAUACUUUAUUGGCGGUCAGCAGACCCAAUUGGGCAUUGAGACACAAAUCAUCUCCUUUAUCUACGGGCUCAUGAGUAUAUUGGUGAUUAUAUUGAUCAAAAGAGCGCCUGAAAUCAAGACCCCGUCGAUAAAUUUGAUCUUGGUGGCCGUCAUCAGUGGCUUGAUUUUCCUUUUAUUUAGCUUGUUAUUGUCAAUUUUCGGAUUGAAAGGUUUGGGAUUUCCUUAUAGAUUCAUCAAGUUCUUUUAA